AUGUCUGGAGAUCGCGAGACAGGAUUCAUGCAAGUCAUGACGAAAACUGGCCCAUCUGAAACGGAUUUUCGUUUUUCCCAACCGACUAUGAUCAUCUCCCGAAAAGGCCGAUUUGAAUUCAUCCAGUUUCAUGGCAAUUGCCUCACUUUGGCGUUUCAUGCUGGCUUUCGGAUCGUUUAGAAAUGGCCAUGCGUCAACAAGUGCCGAGCUGGCGAUUUUUGCAGACGUCGAGACCGCUUCGAUUGUGUGUCAGAAGCGGAGGCUGUUGGUUCCAAUCUGGCGUUUGCCAGCCCAGACGACCCGGUUGGUUGGCCACUUCUUCCAUUCGGGUCUUGGGCUCCUACCUCGGCGUCGAACACCGUGAAACCCAUUACAACUCGACAGCAUCGGACGCAUUUCGGAACUUUCAAAAAACAUUUCAGUAUAAGGUGCUUUUCACCUCGCCUCCUGCCAGAGUCACUUUCUCAGCAUGUGUGCAUAGAAAGCUAAAUAAAUCAGCCAAAGAGAAUUUCUUGGGACAAACAACCGCGGUAGAAUGUUGUCAACUACAAGGCAUGAUCACCAAAUCUUGGGCCUGA